AAACCUAUGAGUGUUGAUAAUAGAUCAGGAACGUGUUGAGAUACUAAGCAUGUCUAGAAGUACAGUAGUUAAUGACAGCUCAUAGUUGUCGUUAUAACACCGCCGGCAUCUCCACUUCCGCAGCUGACUGCCUGCAGCUUGCUCACCUCGCCAGGUUCCAAUAUGGCCUCAUGGAUUAUUCAGAUGGUGGUGAUAGUUCUAUCUUUCUUCAUCAGCAGUGGCCAGGGGAAGAGAGACAAGGUGCUCUACUGUUCUGCAUGCAAAGCAAUUGUUGAUGAACUGAAGUACUCCAUCAGUCAGGUGGACCCGAAGAAAAUGAUCAACGUUGGCGGCUUUAGACUCACCCCGGAUGGAACCAUGAAAGACAAAAAGGUUCCUCUGGCUCGCUCAGAGACUCACCUCAGCGAGCUCCUGGACGGGGUGUGUGACAGCAUGAGUGACUACGCCCUCCAUGUUGACCCCGACACUCAGCUCAAACAGUACAAGAGGUUCGCUCCCAGGAGCAGCGGGGCCACCGGGGACUUCCCUGACUUUAACCAGUUCCAGUUCGAUGGACCUGACGCAUCCAACGCCCUGAAAUUUGCGUGUGAAACGGUGGUGGAGGAGCUGGAGGAUGAUAUCAUCUCUGUGUUCAGCCAGGACGGAGAGCAGGAGCACCACCAGUUAUGCAACAGAGUCUCAGACUACUGUAAAGACAGCAGUCGCACAAAUGAGGAAUUAUAGAGUUGUUUCACAUUUUCAGUGGACACUUGUGGGACCAGCUUUGUUGCAGAUAUUUUUUAAUAAGAGGCCUUUACCAAAAUCAAUUUUUUCAUAAAUAAUUGACCGUCUUUUACAAUAAAUAAAAGAAUGAAUCUUGAGAAACACUGCUUUGUCUGUACAUGUUGUUGUUUUUCUGAACAGUGACUUCUUCUUCUUGGUCGCUUUGUUUGUUCUGAGUUUAGAAAAAUACACAUUAAAGAACAGUUACCAACUAAAACAUUUCU